AUGUCCGGACGCGUAAGAGAUCGUGUCACGGCGCUGGCCGGCCGCCAAUUGUCGUCGUGCCGGUCCGUCCAUACGCAACGCCGGCGACCCCAAUGUCUCAGCCAUCACAGCACCAGCAGCGACUUGAAUAUAUAUGCUGCCGCUAGCCUUUCACGCGAAUGCCGCCGCUACCUCUCCUCGCCAUCUUCUUCUACUCCCCGAUCCGUAGCCAUUCUCGGCGCCGGCCUUACCGGCCUCACGACGGCAUACUACCUCGCCAAGCUGCUCCCGAAAACCACCCGCAUCACCAUCUACGAAGCGACAGACCGCGCGGGCGGAUGGAUACGGACCGAUCGAGUACCUGUCGACGUCGACGGCGUCAAGGGCACCGUCAUGUUUGAGCGCGGCCCGAGGACGCUGUCGUCCUUGCACACGAGCAGCACCCGCUUCGACGACCUCGUGCUAUACGAUCUCGCGCUCGACCUCGGCCUCAAGAUUGCUAGCCCCGAGGACCAGCCGCGAUAUAUAUACUACGGGGGCGAGAUUGUAGGCAUGCCGCCGCAUGCUUCGCUCGUCGAGUGCCUCUCCAAGCCGCUCUUUUAUUCGGCCGUGCCGGCUGUCGCCGCGAUGGUGUAUAAGCGCCUCUUGACUACGGCUAAGCAGGAUGAGCUGGGCUUUGACUUUUCCAUUUCUGAUUUUAUGCGACGCAUUAGCUUUGGCAAUGCGCUCUCUAAUAACUUUGCAUCUGCCAUGAUCCACGGUAUCUACGGCGGCGAUAUUGACCGGCUGAGUGCGCAGAGCGUCCUGGGUGAUGUCGUUCGCAACUGGUAUCUGCCCAAGCUGCCCAAAGGGAAUAUAUACAUGCGUAUCCAGGAGGAGAAGCUCCUUCGAGAGUUAGGCCAGUCAGACGAGGUGCGCCGCAUGGCAUGGAAGGCGAAGGGCGCCUUGCUGCAUUUUGCAGAUAAGGGCAUGGAGGCGCUGCCCAAGGCUAUCAUGGAUACGCUGGCCAUGGAGGAGAAUGUCGAGAUUAAGCUGAAUUCGCCCGUUAAGGCGGUUGACUACGAAGCCAGAAACGGAACUGUUAUGGUCAUGCCCGACGGCGACAAUGCCGAAAAGAUGUGGUAUGACAAGGUCAUUUCGACCAUUGACCCUCGAAUUCUCGACGACGCGUCUCUUAAAGUCAACCUCGAGCCGCUGCGCGUGCCGGCCGUUUCCAUCAUGACAGUCAACCUGUGGUAUCCAACACCGGACCUUAAGCCCCCCGGCUUCGGGUACCUGAUCCCGCGCUCCGUGCCCGAGUGGGAGAACCCCAACCGCGCGCUCGGCGUCUUCUUUGACUCGGACGUCGGCGUCCGCGGCAAGGACGAGCCCGAAGGCACCAAAGUCUUUGUCCUGUCCGGCGGACACUACUACGAAAACGGCGUCGAUGGCCAGGAACCCGCCGUCAAGAUCCCCACCGAGGAGGAAGCCAUUCAAAACGCAAAGGACCUGCUUCAGGACCAUCUCGGAAUUCCCCGCGAUACGCCUUGCCACGCCAUGGCGCGCUUUGCCAAGGACUGCAUCCCGCAGCACUAUGUCGGCCACAUGCCACAGAUGGCGAAAGCCCAUACCCUCCUCAAGGAAGGAUAUGGCGGCAAGCUGGCCGUUGCGGGUGGCUGGUUCCAUAAGAUUGGCGCCAUGGGUGCCCUGCGAGCCGGAUACGAGGCUGCGCAGGAGCUGGCGAAUGGUAACCACCAACGCACUGGGCUCGAAGAGUAUGCGGGCGAGGGAGCCGGCGUCGUGGCCUUGUCGCGGGGCACGAUUGGCGUGAGGAAGUCGCCCUAUGUUGAGGGUCCUCGGGACAUGGCCUAG